AUGUCUUCCACACCCUCGCAACCCCCACCUACCACCGCCGUCCCGGCGCAAUCCGACCCGGCCGCCUUCGCCCACGUCGCCAACUACAUCGAGACGCGCUGCAACGCCUCCCCCAUCUACGCCUUCCUCUUCACCCCGGACCUCAGACUCACCCACGUCUCCAAGGGCCUGAUCGUCGCGCGGCUGCCCGUCACGGCGAACCACCUGAACUCGUCCGGCAGCAUCCACGGCAGCGUCUCGGCCACCAUCGUCGACUGGGCCGGCGGCCUCGCCAUCGCCGCGUGGGACCUGCGCGAGGCGACUGGCGUCAGCGUCGACAUCAACAUCAGCUACCUCUCGGGCGCCAAGCUGGGCGACGAGAUCGAGAUCGAGGGCAGGGUGGAGAAGGUCGGCGGCAGCUUGGCGUUCACGCACGUCAACAUCUACAAGGUCGCGGCUGAUGGGACGAGGGGCGCGACGGUGGCGAACGGACGACACACGAAGUUUGUGAGGAGCAGGUGA